UGAGCACAGACAUUAAAAGCUGCUAUGAUAUUUGAGUCAUGUCCUUGUCUCUUGAAGGGAGAGGGGGAGCUGAAGGAGCCCACCCAGUCACUGAGCCCCCCCACGAAGCCUGAGGAUCAGGCAGAGCAAAAGGUGGAGGGGGGGCAAGCUCCAGCCUGUGGCUCCUGGAGGAGAUGGAUGUUGGGUCUCCUGCCUUUCUUUCCUUUCGCUGCUUCCAUUGCACUGACUCUCCACUUCUUAACAUCUCCGCCCUCCUCAGUGUUCUUCCUCGGUGGCAGCGUGGAGUUCCCAAACCUGAGCUUCUCCUCAGAGCUGACUGACUCCACCUCCCCGCAGUUCCGCCUGCAGGCUCAGGCUUUGAACCAUUAUUUCUCAGAACUCUACGAGUCCUCGCCGUGGAGCUCUUACUACCUGCACUCAGGGAUUACUGCCUUCAGUGAAGGAGUGGAAGGGCUCAACGUCUUCUACUGGAGUAAAUUCUCUGCUCCGGAUGAUGUUGCAGUGGCGAUACAGAGGUCCGCCCCAGAGAGGCUGCAGCGCAGAUUUCCUGGCAGCAACAAAGUGCUGCGGGACAGCCGCAAUGAGCAGCGAUAUUUCAUGGAGGAAGAUGACGACAUGCUCCACCUGCUGGGUCUGGACCCUGAUGAUUUUGAAUCAGAUGAAAAAUCAGAAAAGAGUAAGAAUCCAAACAGCAUCCAGAGUGGGAAGUGGCAGCUUGGCUUCCAAGCGAUGUCCUUUGACCUCUAUGCCAAGUAUGGCAACAACCGCACCCUGAGCCUUGUGAGUCCCAAAAAGCCGUACUACCAGUGGCGUCUUCGCGUGCCAUCAGGUCAUGUGGUUCGACUGGUAAUCCUCACUCUGCAUGGUGCCACGCCAGGAAGCUGCACUGCCCACAAGCUCUCUGCCUACGAUUUCUUACUUCCAUUACAGAACAAGAUAAUCGCCAGGUGGUGUGGGCUUCCUAUUUCGGGUUCAUCCCCUGUUAUGAAGCUGACAUCCUCUGGGAAUGUGAUGUUAGUCACCUUCUCCUUCAGCAGACAGAGAGAUGGAGCAAUCUUCAAAGCUUAUUUCCAAGCCAUCCCAAAAGCAGGUUGCGGAGGGUCGAUUUCCUCGUGGAACGGCUCCAUUGCCUCCCCUUACUACCCUUCCUAUUAUCCUCCAAACAUAGACUGCACCUGGACACUACGGGCGCCCUUGCCAGGAUACCUGAUCUCCAUGACGAUCGUGACGAUGGACAUUCAGGAUUCCUCGUCAUCAGACGGCUGUGAGAAAGACUGGCUGGACAUUGGAGGGACCAAACUGUGUAAUCCAGUGUCAGACAGCAGCAAAAAGCGAGUCUACUCCUCUCCUCUCUCCCUCCACUUCCAUUCGGACGAAUCUCUCACUCACAAGGGCUUCUACUUGCUCUACCGAGCUUUCUCUCCAGAGGGCACGUGUCCUCGCCAGUUUCGCUGUGGAAAUGGCCGCUGCAUCCCUCUGAGAAAGGUGUGUGACGGAGUAAAAGACUGCUCAGAUGGACGGGACGAGGCUAAAUGCUCAUCCUGCAGACCAGGUGAAGUACUGUGUGGGAACGGCCAGUGUAAGCCUCAAAGCAGCCAGUGUGGGAGCCAGAGCACGUGUGCCGACAGUAGCGAGGAGGGUGCCUGUGGAGGUAAAUGUUACCACGUGUGUCCCAAUAAGGUGUGUUUGCCAAAGUCUUCAGUGUGUGAUGGUGUCCUUGACUGCAAAGACCGGAGUGAUGAACUCAACUGCACCAGAGCGUAUCUUAAAGGCUGCUCCUCAUCCUCAUACAAAUGUGCCAACGGAAAGUGUGUGAGUAAGGUUAACCCUGAAUGCGAUGGAGUCAAAGAUUGCUUUGAUGGCUCUGAUGAGCUGCGCUGUGGCUGUGGCACCAGGCCCAAGAAGCGGGCUAAGAUAGUUGGCGGCUCUGAUGCGGGGGCAGGGUCAUGGCCGUGGCAGGUCAGCCUCCAGAUGGAUCGCUAUGGCCACGUCUGUGGAGCCACACUGGUCGGCAACCGCUGGCUCAUCUCUGCAGCUCACUGCUUCCAAGACUCAGACGCCAUUAAAUACUCAGAUGCCCGUGCAUGGCGAGCCUACAUGGGAAUGCGUGUGAUGACUACAGGGAACAACGGUGCAGCCACCAGACCGAUCCGCCGCAUCCUCCUUCACCCGCAGUAUGACCAGUUUACCUCCGACUAUGACAUCGCCCUCCUUGAGCUCAGCGCUCCUGUCUUCUUCAACGACUUGGUGCAGCCUGUGUGCGUCCCUGCUCCCUCACACACCUUCACAACAGGGACCAACUGCUAUGUCACAGGCUGGGGCGUCCUCAUGGAGGACGGUGAACUGGCCUCUCGCUUACAAGAGGCCCCAGUGAAGAUCAUAAACAGGAACACUUGUAACAAGCUGUAUGACGAGGCUGUAACUCCCAGGAUGCUGUGUGCUGGGAACCUGCAGGGAGGGGUGGAUGCCUGUCAGGGUGACUCAGGAGGUCCGUUGGUGUGUCUGGAGCGAGGCCGGCGGUGGUUCCUGGCAGGGAUCGUGAGCUGGGGUGAGGGCUGUGCGAGGCAGAACCGCCCUGGUGUCUACACACAGGUAGUCAAGUUCACCGACUGGAUUCAUCAGCAGACCAAAGGACAGGUGUGACAGACCACUACACUGACAUAAAACAGACAGACUUAACACACAGGGCAAAGGUUUCAGACCUGGAGUCCAUCUUCAGACUGCUGUCGUGAUUGCAUGACAAUGAUUCAGUACGUUUUUGGGGGUGUGUCCAUGGCAACCGCCCAGCAGGGGCAUCAUCAGUGCUCCAAACCAGUCAACUUCUUAACAAUCCCCAUCACAGACAGACGCUAUGUCGACAUGCACAAAAGAUUAACCUUUUUAUUAAAUUAAUUUAGGGUUUGGGUUGCUUCAAAUAAAUGUUAGAAUUUUGUUAGAAUACUUUACACGGAUUAUAAGAUGCCCACAGGAUACUUUUUCUAAAAAAUACUGUUGUUAGCUUAUGGUUUUCACUGUCUGUACACUCAUGUAGACUGAGUGUUAUAAUACAAGUGUUAUAAUAUUUUCUGUCCUACAAUUGCUCUAUAGUUCUGACAGAGCAAUAAUAUGCUUAAAAGCAAGUGAAGUCCAACUUUAUUUAUACAGAACAUUUCAAAUAAGCCUUACUUGACCAGCAGCAAGUGCUGAUCAGGCACAAAUUACCAAAACAAAUGAGUACAGAAGCAAAUUGGCAAUAAGGGCAAUAGAAAACGAUAAAAAUAAUAGUGAACAAAUUGCAGCACAACAGAUGAUGAAGUCAAUAAAGGUGUCAAGCUCAUAUCAGUUGUAUGUCAGUGAGAAGAAGUGGGACUUCAGCAGUGAUUUAAAGGUUUCUGUUGUCUGAGCAGUUUCGGGGCAGCCACCACAAAGGCUCCAUUGCUGCUGUUUUUGUGUCUCGUUCUGUAAACAUCCAGGAGCAUCUGAUCGGUCAACCUUUGUAUUCUAAAUGGAGCAGGAAGAUUUAAAAGUUCUGCUAGAUAAGGUGGCAGCAGCCCAUUUAAAACCUUUACAACAGCAAUAAAACCUUAAAAUCAAUCCUAAAAUGGAAAAGAAGCCAACGGACAGAUGCCAGUACUUGUGUUAUGUGAUCCAAUUUUCUUUAAAGUUAGAAGUCAAGCAGCUGCAUUUUGUAUAAACUGCAGACGAUGAAGAGACAUCUGUUUUACACCCACAUACUUAAAAUUACACCACAACAUUAGUGCCAUCUAUUUCCGUUAUUAAUUUGCUCAAUCAGACAGACAGGUCAGACCAACUAGCCAGGUUUUCCUGAGCAUGUAAAUGGAGCCAAUUACUUUCUGUUUUUCUUACCCUUCCUCUUUUCCUGUCAGCUACAUCGUUCUCCGCAGAGAUAGUGCCACAACAGUUCCUUAACUGAAUAUGGAAAGAGUUCUUUCCCCACACGCAUACUGUCUAUUUUUCCUCCUCUAAAUUCGUCCAUGUACUGUAUAUGUGUGUUUAUGUAUGUGUUUGAGAGCUGUUAUUGUACUGUACGUGUAUGUUUGUGCAUUUGUAUAUCCUGAGUUUAUCUGAGUCAUAGCCUUUUGUUCAACAUAUUUUGUAAUUGUAGAGAAGCAAAUAAUCCCUCGGUAGGAGGAGAUAAUAUAUUUUGCAUUUCAGUUUUACUGUGAUUUAAUUUAUCCCUGUGAUGCCUCUGUUUUAAUGCAUGCUCCCUGAAAAGCAUGAUCGCAGAUUACCGUAAAGUCAUGAUGCUGGUAAAUAAGAUCAUCAGGAGAGAAUUUCACCAGUCUUUUCUGUGCAGACACACUUGCAUGUUUCCACUUGUCCUUGUGCUCAUUCAGCCCACAUCACCACCCAGUGGCCAGUCUGCAUCAUUGUUUAUUUUAUGUCCUGAGGGAAUGAUGCACCUUAUGCCCAAAGGAUUAAAAAACGUUUUGCAUCAUUAUUUAACUCUAUCAGAUUGAUUGCAUUGACAUUAAAGACACAAUUUCCAACGCAGCAGGUCUCAACAAAACUGUUGUACUUUUGCUGCAUUUUUUGCAUGACAUUUAUGAUCUUUUAUUUCCCUAAAAAAAAUGCCAUUCUUUACCUUGAAUUGUUAUUGACUUUCUCAAAAAAUAGAAAAAGGAAACCGCAUGUUUAACUCACAUUUCAGCACGG